UCUGCGCAGCUGUUUACAGUCGCUGAUCCGCCUCCAGCUUGCCUCGUCUCCGCUGUUUCCGGAACAACCUGUUCGCGCAAUGGGUUUGGUGUAUUUAUAUUUGUCCAUCUAGGAACCAACUGAAAACGAGCGACAACUACGUGCCGCGUCACUUCUGGAAGUCUGUUUUGUGGAAGCUUUUUGGCAACAUGGAUGUCGACCAAGUGUUUCAUCUCGUCGGCGAAAUCGGACCACAACAAAUCCUUUACUUUCUCUACACGUCCGUGGUCGGAGGUCUGUUUGUGAGUGGGCAAAUGCUACAGAUUGUGUUCACAGGCGCCACGCCAGAAUACAAGUGCUGGAAUGGCACCGAGGAGAUGAAGACUCUCUGCGACUCGAACGACAUGUGCCGACUACCGCAGUACACCUCUACGUUCACGUCAAUCGCCACUGAAUGGGACCUGAUCUGCAGCCAGGCCUAUGAGGUGCGGGUGGUGCAGUCUGUGUUCAUGUCGGGCGUCAUGUCGGGUGCCUUCGUCUUCGGCUACAUCUCAGACCGCUUUGGGCGCCGCCGGACUCUGCUCUUCUCGUCCAUCGCCAUGUCAGCCUUCAGCUUCUUCGGCGGCUUCGCGCCAAGUUUGGCCCUGCACGCAGCCUGCCGUUUCCUGGCAGGCAUGACCACGGCGUCCAUGGCGCUCGUGUCCUUCGUUAUGAUGACGGAGCUAGUGGGGCCGUCCCGGAGGGCGCUGAUGGGCACCCUCUUCCCGCUGGUGUUUGCCUUUGGCAUCGCCAUGCACGCGCUCCUGGCCUACCUGAUCCCCAACUGGCGCUACUACACCAUGGCCACCUCGCUGCUCGCUGUGCUCUUCCUGCCACUCAUCCUGCUUCUGCCGGAGAGCCCCCGCUGGCUGCUGCUGCACGGCCAGCAGGCCCAGGCCAAGGCAGUACUGGUGCACAUAGCGGUGAAGAACGGCACAGCAGGCUGCCUGCCUCGCUCCUGGGAGCUGCAGGAACAGAAGCUGCACCACAGCCGAGGCUCCAACCCCAAGGUGCUCUUCCUCAACAGGACCCUGCGCAACCAGACCCUCGUCCAGCUCUUCAUCUGGCUCGUGAAUGGCAUCACAUACUACGCCCUAACGAUGGCAGCCAGCUCCCUGGGCGGGGACCUGUACCUGAGCACAGCAUUGUCCGGGCUCAUAGAGGUGCCCGGCUACCUGCUCUCCGCAUGGCUGCUCAGCACCGCCGGGCGCAGGCUGUCCCUGUGCGGAACCAUGGUGCUGGGCAGCGCGGCCUGCAUCACACUCCAGUUCGCCUCUCAUUUUGUGUACGGAGCCACGGUGGAGAAUGCGCUUUCACUGGUUGCCAAGAUGUGCAUCUCCAUGUCCUUUGCUAUCAUCUACCUGUACUCUGCAGAACUGAUGCCCACAAUUGUCAGGAACGUCGGGAUGGGGCUGGCAUCGGUAGCUGCACGGAUUGGUGGCAUAAUCUCUCCAUUCGUCAGUCUUCUGGACGAUGUGACGCCAGGGUUCCAGUUCAGCGUCCUGGGACUCAUGAUGCUGGCGUCUGGAUUGCUGGGGCUGCUGCUUCCGGAGACAAUGGGCAAGCCCCUGCCGGAGACCAUUUACGACGUCGAGGAGAAUGAGGCGGAAUUGAACAACGACAAGCGGCCUCUUCUCUCCGACUCGCCAAGGAGGCACAGCGAGUCUGUCCACGAGGAGCAGGGGACGGCAGACGGCUCCGAAGGGGAGGGGGAAGCCUUUGAAGACGAGAGGAACUCAUAGUACGACAAGUGAAGGUGGGCCCGCGGAGUGGGCCCAAAGAGAUAAAUGCGUUCCGCAUGGUUAUCUUGCCCCCCCCCCCUCCGAGCUUGUUUCACAUGCAGAGACGGAAAUAGAUAGGGUCAAAAGCAUUGCCUCUUUCUUGGCUAUGUGAAUGAGGGUUAGGUUGAGGUGAAAGUGAAUGCAGACAAUCACCAGAUGGUGCUCUUGUCGUGGAUGGACAAGGUGCUGUCCGUUUGACUCUCUGCUUCAGAAGAUUUUUUUUUUCUUUCUACGGAUGUUGUCUGCACUGUGUGCUGUUGUCAUUUUAUUUCUUGACAAUAAUCUGUUGUUUGUUUCUCGGUGGUGAACAGUACUGUAUGUGUUGUCAAGGUUGCAUUUAUGCUUCAUCUUGUGGUGUAUGGGCAUAGAUAUGUAGCACUUGUAGCUGCUGGUGAUUUGCUUUUUUUUUAUUCAAUCUCUGAGGUCUUUACACAAAGGGUGCCCUAGUUUCUUUUUUAUGAUUACAGAAAUUGUUAUUAUGCUCGGCACUAAAGUGAAUUUAUUGUGGGUGACCAAGUACACUAGACUUUCAUUAAUUCAAACUCCAGGAAGCCAGAAAUUUUGUUUUAAUUAUCAUAAAUGCGUCCAAAUAUGAUGCAAGAUAAACUUUUGAUUUGCUAUUUGAAUGGCUAGAGAUGCAAUGCUGAUAUUUGAUGAUUUUCUUUGCAGGCAUACUGAACAUAAGCAGGUAUCUUACACUUGAAGCAUUGGUGAACUGUUUUGAGAUAAGUUUCUUCAUCCCUCAAAAAUGUCUAUCGUGAACGGUUUAGACAACACAUAACAUUUCAAAACAAGGUUAAGUUUGUUCCUGCACUGAAAAGGUUGUCUAUUGUGGACUAUAAGUCCCGUUGGGCGCGCUUUUUACCGAGCACCUGUGCACUGCGGAGAGGCAACACCCGUGGAAGCGCUCCACGGGUGUUGCUUUUGCACGGUGCAUCAGUGCUUGCAAAGAAGCGCACUCAACGGGGCCGCUAGAACAACAAAACAAUCGCACAAAGUGUGUUGCGAUCAACAGCGGUAGCUGCUGCAUUGUAAAAAGGCAUGUUUAAGGAGAUUUGCCUUCAGCCAGUGUGCUAUACACAAUGUUUUAAUGGGUUCUUUGCUUCCAGUAAAAUUGAUGUAGGAGACGCGUGCGAGAUGUUCGCUUUGGUGGAACGAUUGUGCGAAAUGUUCCUCGUGUUGGGGAAGGACACAGAGACAUGCUUUUUCGAGUGCUGAAAUGCUUUUUCAGAACAGAGGCGACCCUUAUUGCGCCUCUGGUGGAAGAAACCAAAGUGUGUACACAAGCCGUUCUGUCGUUCGUACAUGAGCAUUUUUUGCCGGGAAGGGGCACCAACAGCUACCACCGUAAGAGUAUGAGGUACACGAAAGCGGUGUUUGAAUUAAAUGGCUUAUAAAUACAUUGAAAACCAAUAUAUUUAUAUUUAAUUGAAUUAACUGGAGUUUCAAAUAUCAGAGUUUGAAUUGUCGUGAGCCUAUGGUAUCCCGAGACUGGGUUCAUGUGGAACGACGGUAGAGUGAAAUCAUAGAGACAACAAAGUUGGCCGCUCUUUUUUCCGUGGUACAUGUUAGUACUCUAUGUUUCUGGCACAUUGUUCUGGUUUUUUUUAAUAUUUCACAGGUUUCUGUUUAGGUUGGGGAAAAGAGGCCCGCAAGGCGUACUAUGUGGCAAACACCUUGCUCUGGCAUUCCUCGAGGUGCUCGCAACUUUCCAAUCGACACCUCGGCCCUUAAAUCAACAUUUAGGAGGUUAACUAUUUUUAAUUAUAAUUAAUCGGUUAGGUUCACUAAAAAUAAAAUAGUCUCACUUUGGCGAGAUACUCGCUAAUAACAUAGUUUGUCCGGCAGGCUGCUUCGGUCUAAUUUAAUGCACACUUACAUUUUAACAAAGGCAAACCCAGACUCUGGAGGCAUGUUCCCAGAGGGACGCUGAAGGCAGCAGAGUUUGCGGCCUGCCAAACCUCCGCGCCUCCAACUGUAAUCAGUUCCACGUCGAGUCCGACCACAGCCGGUGCUUUGAUCUGACGAGCCUAUCAAGCAAUGCCAAAAGUGCGUCGUCACGGCGCUUGUCGUCUUUGUGCGUUUGCUAUCGCCAACAAAACCAAUUCUGCGCAGAAUAAAGCGUAGGAUGAUGCCGUAUUUGCCUUGCGUGGUUGGUUUAGCCAGCAAUAGCAGAUGCACAAAGACAAGUGCCACGACAACACACUUUUGGCGCCGCCCGAUUGGCUCUAUCUAAUAAUAUAGUUGUGCAUCUUCGGGCGUCGUCGCACGAGUCACAACUUGCCAGACUCCCUGCCCUCAAUCAGGGCAUCCGUGUCGUCGGACUAAAGAAAAGACUGGAAAAGGCGACGAGAGAAUGCGUCGUCAAAUUGCGGCAGUUUUGCACGAAACGCUUUGGACGACAGAUCGAAAUACAACUGCAGAGUUUUUAAAACUUGGUCAUGUUAUGUGGAUAAUUAGUACUAUAUGGCAGGUGCACAUCUUUGUGUCCCCUUUGAGAAAGGCACCGCACUCGAAACCAGUGCUCUAUUUCCUGUGCUUGUUAAGGCUAAGUGGAAAAGAAAAGGCACUUCUUUCUUUUGUUUAUGUUGUGAUACUUGGUGCAAUCAUUUUAGUAUGUAAUAUGUGGGUGUGUCACAGGGAUGAAAUUACAAUUCCAUGCUUCUCGACCAAUCUAAGUGUUCAACAACAAUCCAAGUUGUUGCUGGGCAUCUCCUCUUUUGGUUUUAAUCCGAGAAAUGUGCGAAAGAUGCUGGCACGUUACAAAACGAGGACUCUCAAUGCAAGGCUCGAUUCAGCCAAAGAGUUUUGAAGGGAGUGUGUCUUCUGUCACCUUGUACAUCAGAAAACAUCAUGUACCAUAUUUUCUGGACUAUAGUCUGCACCCGGUGUAUAGCCCACAAAGACAAACAUUGACCAAGUUCUUUUUUUUUUUCCCCUUUAGAGUUUACAUUACGUGCAUAGUUAAUAGGUAAAGUUCCCAUACACUAUGCAUCUUGGGAAUUGCCUGCUUUAUUAAUGCACAGAGCUGGUGUCAUACAGACCUCAUCAUUAACAUGAACCAUCAUUCACAGUCCAUGACACCUCAUCAUAGGGAACAAUUUUCAAAAACAUUCUUGUUUUUCGUCUGCACGCAUAAAUGUUCAACUUUUAACAUUAUAUAGUCCGGAAAAUAUGGUACAUAUUGCAGAAGUGUGCUGUAGUAGCAAGUACUUUGUCUGAUACCUGCAAUAUAUAUUCCAUACUGGACAUGUUAGAAAUUGCUUGCCAACCAUUUUACCAAGAUGACCUGUCUCCGUCUGUUGGCUUUAAGUGCUAUUUAGUUGGUGUCUUUUUUUCUCUCCUUUAUAUAUAUAUAAAAACUUGAAGGUAAGUAGUUGUUGUAAUACCAAAUUCGGACGUGGGCCAGCGAGUUUGUGGUCAUCAUAGUUUGAGUAGGACAAGAACUAAGUCUUGCUGUUACCUGUGCCAAGUGCUUCACCACAACUGGUGCCUUCUACAAGUUGAAGAGGAGUUCCCGGUUGAGUAGCCUUUCGACACCAGAUGCUUACUGUUGACCAAGCAGAAACAUUUCUGGUCAUUUAGCAUGAAACCUGAUGUGAACUUGUUUGUGUUUUAGUGCAUCAUUAAGUAGGACAAGAAGGGUCUUUGAUCUCCAAGGUGGCAUCCUGACAUGCAUCGUGUACAUAAGCACAUUGCUUUCUAUGGUUCUUGGAAGACUAUUACUUUCCAUGUACAUACUCUGUAGCUAUGUGAUAGUGAACAAGAUGGGUACAGGUCUCAAUUUCUGUAAUAAAGGAAAUUUUGAAAAUGGA